AUGCUCGUCGCUUCUGGGGACGCCCUAGCUUCUGAAGAACACAAACACGCUUUUCUCACGCUAACGACGAAUGUAACGCAGUCGGUGGAAAACCAAAGUAGAGAACUGGUGGAAGAAAAGAAGAAAGCAGAUAUUCUUCUCGGAAAAAUGUUGCCAAGGUGUCUUAACAUUGUCAUAACGAUCUCUCAUUCACCGUUCUAUCAUAUUGUUGUUGAUGUUGAUUUGUCCAAUGUUGCUGUGAUCAGGCAAGUAGCAGAACGUCUCAAGCUUGGUCAGUCGGUACAGCCUGAGGGUUUCGAUAACGUCACCGUACUUUUCUCGGAUAUAGUCAGGUUUACGCAACUUUCUGCAAAAUGUAUGCCACUGCAGGUAGAAUCAAUUGGUGAUGGGUAUCUCUGCGUAUCAGGCCUCCCACUUAGAAAUGGCUUCAAUCAUAUCAGAGAAAUCGUGGAAAUGUCAUUGUCUUUCAUGGACUACGUCAACCGCUUCAGAAUUCCAAAUCUAUCCAAAGAGAGGAUUGAGCUACGCAUCGGCAUAAACAGUGGUCCAUGUGUGGCAGGUGUUGUGGGUCUGAGUAUGCCUCGUUAUUGUCUUUUUGGCGAUACCGUCAACACUGCAUCGCGUAUGGAGAGCAACGGUAGAGCUUCACAUAUUCAUAUGAGCUCAGCAGCACGUAAUCUACUUGUGGAGAACUUUCCCGGUCAUUACGAUGUUGUACCAAGAGGAGAAACCAUUAUCAAGGGGAAAGGGGUUAUGGAGACAUAUUGGGUAAUGGGGAGGAAUGAUCACGAUUCAACGCUCUCGCAGUCAACGCUCAUGUCCACCACUCGACCGACAACCACAAGCAGUGAGCAUGUCUGUUUUACAAAGGAGGAGAUUAAGGAGGUCACCUCCGAGGCAUGUGAACGGACUGAUCCACCUACGAGGAAUUUAUGA